GCCUGAGCAGAACAGUCAUGUUUUGGAAGGCAGUGUGUCUUGCUAUUUGCCUCCUAUUGGGAAUGGCUCUUGGGGGUAGAAGGAUGACAAAACUGGCAGACAAGAAACUGUGUGCAGAUGAGGAAUGUAGUCAUCCCAUCUCCAUUGCAGUAGCAUUGUCUGAUUACACCCCUCCAGACUGCCGUUUCAUACCCAUCAGACAGGGGCAAACUCUCUACAUCUUCUCCAAGCUGAAGGGCAGAGGCAGGCUUUUCUGGCAAGGAAGUGUACAAGGGGACUAUUAUGGAGAACAAGCUGCCAGGCUGGGGUAUUUCCCAAGUACUAUUGUGCAAGAGGAACAUUACUUGAUGCCAGGAAAAGUGGAGGUCUCAACAGAUGAAUGGGAUUUUACCUGCCACUGAAAAUGGAUAAAAACCAAGUUGCCACCGCUUUUAAAAAAAGAAGCAACACUGGCAUGCGUCUUUUAAAGAUUUUCAAAGAUAACAGCAUAUGAAAAUCGUUUUCUAUUCUGCUAUGUUCUACUGCAUAUGAAUAUACACAUCUGUAGAGGUAUUCUAUUACUUACAGAAAAACAAAGCUUGUAUCCUGCUGUGUAUGCUGCUGACUGCUGACUGAUUACAUUCCACAUCUAAUACAUAUAGAUUAUUAUCAGCUAAGCCUUAAUUAAAAAUAGAGUUAUUUAGAACUCAAACUCUUCAAGAAAACUUAUUGUACUGUUUUAAUAAAAUUGCAUAAAAUACAUAAUAAAGAUAUUCUUAAAUAA